UGUUCUUCCGAUCCUCACAUCCACCAGCCAUGAGGGUGCUUGUACUAGCUCUUGCUGUGGCUCUCGCAGUGGGGGACCAGUCCAACUUGGCCCCAGGAUUCGCUUCUGUUAAGACCUACAUGUACAAAUAUGAAGCGGUUCUUAUGGGCGGCUUGCCUGAAGAGGGCCUGGCUCGAGCUGGGGUUAAAAUCCAGAGCAAAGUUUUGAUCAGUGCAACAAGUGCCAACGACUACAUUCUGAAGCUUGUAGACCCUCAGUUGCUGGAGUACAGUGGCAUCUGGCCCAAAGAUCCUUUCCAUCCGGCCACCAAGCUCACCACAGCCCUGGCUACUCAGCUCUCGACACCGAUCAAGUUUGAGUAUACAAAUGGCGUUGUCGGGAGAGUGUCUGCACCGGCUGGUGUCUCCACAACAGUGCUGAAUAUCUACAGGGGAAUCAUCAACCUCCUGCAGCUGAAUGUAAAGAAGACACAGAAUGUCUAUGAGAUGCAAGAGUCUGGAGCUCACGGUGUGUGCAAGACCAACUAUGUCAUCAGGGAGGACAUGAGGGCCGAACGCAUUCAUCUGACCAAGACCAAGGACCUGAACCACUGCCAGGAGAAAAUCAUGAAGGACGUCGGCUUGGAACACGUAGAGAAAUGCCAUGAUUGUGAAGCUAGAGGAAAGAGCCUGAAGGGAACUGCUUCCUAUAACUACAUCAUGAAGCCAGCACCCAGUGGUUCUCUGAUUAUGGAGGCUGUUGCUAGAGAGGUCAUCGAGUUCUCACCUUUCAACAUUUUGAAUGGCGCUGCUCAGAUGGAGUCUAAGCAAAUUCUGACCUUCCUGGAUAUCGAGAACACCCCCGUGGAUCAUGCCAGAUACACCUAUGUUCACCGCGGAUCCCUGCAGUACGAGCACGGCAGCGAGAUUCUCCAGACACCCAUCCAUCUUCUGAGGGUCACCCAUGCCGAGGCUCAGAUUGUCAGCACUCUGAACCACCUGGUAGCCUCCAACGUGGCCAAGGUCCAUGAAGAUGCCCCUCUGAAGUUUGUUGAGCUCAUCCAGUUGAUGCGUGUGGCCAGAGUCGAGACUAUUGAGUCCCUCUGGGCUCAGUUUAAAUCUAGACCUGAUCACAGGUACUGGUUACUGAAUGCUGUCCCCCACCUUCGCACUCACGCUGCUCUUAAGUUCCUCAUGGAGAAGCUCCUUGCUAAUGAGCUAAGUGAGACUGAAGCUGCUAUGGCUCUCUUGGAAUGUCUGCACUCUGUGACACCUGACCAGAAAACCAUCGAACUUGUCAGAAGCCUGGCUGAGAACCACAGAGUGAAACGUAACGCUGUGCUCAACGAGAUUGUGAUGCUGGGCUGGGGCACUGUAAUUUCCAGGUUCUGUAAAGCGCAGCAUUCUUGCUCAUCUGAUCUUGUGACACCUGUACAUAGACAAGUUGCGGAGGCUGUUGAAACAGGUGACAUCGAUCAGCUCACUGUCGCUCUCAAAUGCCUGGAUAACGCUGGACAUCCUGCUAGCCUUAAGACAAUCAUGAAGUUCCUGCCUGGCUUUGGCAGUGCUGCUGCCCGAGUCCCACCCAAAGUUCAGGUCGACGCUGUUCUAGCUCUGAGGAGAAUUGCAAAGAGGGAACCCAAGAUGGUCCAGGAAAUAGCUGCUCAGUUGCUCAUGGAAAAGCAUCUCCACGCAGAACUCCGUAUGGUUGCUGCCAUGGUGCUCUUUGAGACUAAGCUCCCCGUGGGUCUAGCAGCUAGCAUUUCCACAGCCUUGAUCAAAGAAAAGAACCUGCAGGUCGUUAGCUUUGUCUACUCUUACAUGAAGGCCAUGGCCAAGACCACAUCCCCUGACCACGCUUCUGUUGCUGCAGCUUGUACUGUUGCCUUGAGGUUCCUCAACCCCAAAUUAGGCAGACUGAACUUCCGCUACAGCCGAGCCUUCCAUGUGGAUACCUAUAACAAUGCCUGGAUGAUGGGUGCUGCCGCCAGCGCCGUCUUCAUUAAUGACGCUGCAACCGUGUUACCAAGAAUGUUUAUGGCCAAAGCCCGUACUUACAUGGCCGGAGCUUAUGUUGAUGCUUUUGAGGUUGGAGUGAGGACUGAGGGAAUCCAGGAGGCUCUUUUGAAAAGACGACAUGAAAAUUCUGAGAAUGCAGACAGGAUCACCAAGAUUAAACAAGCCAUGAGAGCUCUUUAUGAGUGGAGGGCUAAUCCUUCGAGCCAGGCCCUGGCCUCUAUGUAUGUGAAGUUCUUCGGACAAGAAAUUGCAUUUGUCAACAUUGACAAAUCCAAGGUUGACCAGCUUAUCCAGUUUGCAAGUGGACCUUUGAGAAACAUGUUCAGAGAUGCUGUAAAUUCUAUGCUGUCUGGUUACGCAACACAUUUUGCUAAACCAAUGCUGCUCGGUGAGCUCCGUCGCAUCCUUCCCACCACUGUUGGGUUGCCCAUGGAGAUCAGCCUCAUUACAUCCGCUGUGACUGCUGCAUCCAUUGAAGUCCAAGCCACUGUGUCACCACCUCUGCCUGUCAACUACCGGGUUUCCCAGCUUGUGGAGUCCGAUAUUCAACUGAGGGCUACAGUUGCUCCAAGUGUUGCCAUACAGACCUAUGCAGUCAUGGGGGUGAACACCGCCUUAAUCCAGGCUGCAGUGAUGACAAAAGCCAAAGUUUACACAGCUGUUCCUGCACAGAUGAAAGCAAGGAUUGACAUUGUUAAGGGCAACUUCAAGGUUGAGUUCCUGUCUCUCCAGGGCAUUAACACAAUUGCAUCUGCACACGCUGAGACGGUUGCCAUUGCGAGAAAUGUGGAAGACCUCCCAGUCGCAAGAAGCACACCACUGAUCUCAUCUGAAGCUGCAUCACAACUUUCAAAGGCCUCUCUCAACUCAAAGAUCUCCAGGAUGGCAUCAUCUAUAACUGGUGGAAUGUCUGCGUCAUCUGAAAUCAUUCCUGCUGACCUGCCACGUAAGAUUGGGAGGAAAAUGAAAUUCCCUAAAACCUACAGGAAGAAAGUCCGUGCUUCAGGCAGAACGCUAGGGUUCAAGGCCUACGCUGAGAUUGAAUCUCACAAUGCUGCCUACAUCAGAGACUGCCCUCUCUACGCUCUGAUCGGAAAGCAUGCUGCUUCUGUUAGGAUUGCUCCAGCUUCUGGACCAGUCAUUGAGAAGAUUGAAGUUGAGAUUCAGGUCGGAGAUAAAGCAGCAGAAAAUAUGAUUAAAGCGAUUGACAUGAGCGAAGAGGAGGAAGCUCUUGAGGAUAAGAAUGUCCUCUUGAAAAUCAAGAAAAUACUGGCACCUGGUCUCAAGAACACCACAUCAUCUUCCUCCAGCUCCUCCAGCUCCUCCAGCUCCUCUUCAUCCAGCUCUAGCUCCAGCAAGUCUUCUUCAUCCAGCUCCCGCUCCAGCAGCUCCAAGUCAUCCAGCUCUCGUUCCCAUAGGUCUCGCUCCAGAAAGUCCCAGUCUAGCAGCUCUCAGUCAAGCCGCUCUCCCUCAAGCUCUUCCUCCUCUUCCUCCUCUUCAUCAUCCAGAUCUUCUUCCAAGUCAUCUUCCAGAUCAUCUUCCAGAUCAUCUUCUAGAUCUUCUUCUAGGUCCUCCUCUCGCUCCAGACCUAAGAUGGCUGACAUUGCUGCUCCUAUUAUCACGACGUCCACCAAAGUGAACAGCUCCAGUGCUUCAUACUUGCUCAGGCCAUCUGGCAGCAGCAGCAGCAGCAGCAGCAGAAGAACCAGAGUGAACAGCUCCAAUGCUUCAUACUUGCUCAGGCCAUCUGGCAGCAGCAGCAGCAGCAGCAGCAGCAGCAGCAGCAGCAGCAGCAGCAGCAGGAGUAGCAAGAACAGCAAGAACAGCAAGAACAGCAAGAACAGCAAAAGCAGCAACAGCAAGUCAUCAAGCUCUAGGUCCUCUCGGCGCAGUGCUCAGUCCAAGCAACAACUGCUGGCCUUGAAGUUCAGAAAGAACCACGUCCACAGGCACGCCAUCUCCACACAGCGCGGCAGCAGUCACAGCAGUGCCCGCAGCUUCGAUUCCAUCUACAAUAAGGCCAAGUACCUCGCUAACACACUCACUCCUGCCAUGUCCAUUGCAAUCCGUGCCGUGAGAGUCGACCACAAGGUCCAGGGAUACCAGCUAGCAGCUUACCUGGACAAACAGACCAACAGAGUGCAGCUGAUUUUUGCCAGAGUCGCUGAGAAGGACAACUGGAAAAUCUGUGCCGACGCUGUGCAGCUGAGCCCGCACAAGCUGAUGGCCAAGAUAUCCUGGGGUGCUGAUUGCAAGCAAUACUCCAUCACGAUUGUAGCUGAAACUGGUCUUUUGGGCCAUGAGCCCGCAGCCCGCAUGAAGCUGAACUGGGACAAACUGCCAAGAAGCAUAAAGCACUACGCAAAGAGGGCGUGGAAAUCCAUGGUCCCUAUUGGUCAAGAAUAUGGAGUAAACUACGCAAAGGCCAAGAAUCCUCGUAAUCAGAUCAAACUGACUGUAGCUGUUGCUACUGAGACAAGAAUGAAUAUUGUGAUGCACACACCAAAGGCGAUCAUUUACAAGCGUGGGAUGUGUCUACCUGUUGCUUUGCCUAUUGGAAACACUGCCGCCGAGCUGCAAGCAUCCCGGGACAACUGGGCUGACAAGAUGUCCUAUUUAGUUACCAAAGCUAACGCAGUUGAAUGCUCCCUCAUCAACAACACACUGACCACAUUCAACAACAAGGAAGCUAGAAAUGAGCUGCCACACUCGUGCUACCAGGUCUUGGCUCAGGAUUGCACACCAGAACUCAAAUUCAUGGUUCUGCUGAAGAAAGACCAAAUACAGGAUCAGAACCAGAUCAAUGUUAAGAUUUCAGACAUCGAUGUGGACAUGUAUCGGAAGAACAACGCUAUUGUGGUGAUGGUUAACGGAGUUGAAAUCCCUAAAAGCAACCUGCCAUACCUGCAUCCAUCAGGUAAGAUACAGAUCAGACAGUUAAAUGAAGGCAUUGCUCUCAUUGCACCCAGCCAUGGUCUUCAGGAGGUCUUCCUUGGCUUCAACGAGCUGAGGGUUAAAAUUGCAGACUGGAUGAAAGGAAAGACUUGUGGAGCCUGUGGAACGGCAAGCGGAAAUGUCGGAGAUGAGUACCGCACACCCAGUGAACAGGUGACCAAGGAUGCCAUCAGCUACGCCCACUCCUGGGUUCUGUCUUCAAACACCUGCCGUGAUCCCUCCGAGUGUUCCAUCAAGCAGGAAUCUGUGAAGCUGGAGAAGCAGGUGGUCUUUGAAGGUGUGGAGUCCAAGUGCUACUCUGUUGAGCCUGUGCUGCAGUGCCUGCCCGGCUGUAUCCCAGUGAGAACCACUACCGUCAACGUUGGCUUUCACUGCCUGCCCAGUGAAACAACUGUGAACCGUUCUGGUCUGAGCAGCUUCUUCGAGAAGAGCAUCGACCUGAGGGAUACUGCAGAAGCCCACCUGGCCUGUCGCUGCACUCCUCAGUGUGCUUGAGCUCAUUGCCUUCGGACACAUGACAUUUUGUUUUCUGUUUUAGACAGGUGUUGUUAAUUAGCUUUGGCUCAACUUGUAAACUUAAAUAAAUUGGAAAAGCAUGUGAAGCAUGAAA